CGGCUGCGUGGGGACUCGCAGGGAUGCCGGCGGGGCGGCGGAGUUGGACGCGGGUGCUGAGCGCGCUGCUGUGGGUGGCCUUAGCGUGUUGCUACAACGUGGACAUAGGACGUCCCGUGGUCUUCCGGGGUCCCAACGGGUCUUUCUUCGGGUACUCGGUGCUGCAGCACUACCACGACAGCACGCGGUGGGUCUUGGUUGGCGCUCCCAAGGCAGACUCUAGAUACAGCACCUCUAUUCAGUCCCCAGGAGCAGUAUUUAAAUGUCGAGUCCACACCAAUCCUGACAGAAGAUGCACAGAGCUGGAUAUGGGUCGAGGCAAUUCUCGGGGCAUGCUCUGUGGAAAGACGUGUAAAGAAGACAGAGACGAUGAAUGGAUGGGCGUGAGCCUGGCUAGACAGCCUAAGGCUGGUGGAAGUGUGCUGGCCUGUGCACACCGCUGGAAAAACAUCUACUACGAGACAGAAUACAUUCUGCCCCAUGGCUUCUGCAACAUCAUUCCCCCCAACCUGCAGCCCAGUGGGAAGAAACUCCUGCCCUGCUAUGAAGAGUAUAAGAAGAAGUACGGGGAGGAGCAUGGCUCAUGCCAGGCGGGGAUUGCAGGCUUCUUCACCGAGGAGCUGGUAAUCAUGGGGGCACCAGGAUCUUAUUACUGGACAGGAACAGUCAAAGUACUGAAUCUCACUGACAACACGUACUACAAGCUGAACGACGAUGCUGUGAUCGCCAGGCGUUACACAUACCUUGGAUAUGCGGUGACAGCAGGCCAUUUCUCUCAGCCAACUACCACGGAUGUUGUGGGAGGAGCUCCCCAGGAUGGAGGCAUCGGAAAGGUUUAUAUUUUCAGAACAGACAGACGAUCAGGCUCUUUAGUAAAAAUAUUUCAGGCUUCAGGAAAAAAGAUGGGCUCUUACUUUGGCUCCUCCUUAUGUGCAGUUGAUCUGAAUUCUGACGGGUUGUCAGACCUGCUGGUCGGAGCACCUAUGUUUUCUGAGAUCAGAGAUGAGGGUCAAGUCACAGUCUAUAUCAACAGAGGAAACGGCGUGCUGGAUGAGCAGCUUGUCCUGGCUGGUGAUGGGGCCUACAACGCACACUUUGGGGAGAGCAUUGCUGCCCUUGGUGAUAUCGAUGACGAUGGGUUCCCAGAUGUUGCCAUCGGGGCACCUAAGGAGGAUAACUACAUAGGAGCAGUGUAUAUUUAUCAUGGAGAUGCCAACGGGAUUGUACCUCAGUACUCAAUGAAGCUGUCUGGGCAGACGAUAAACCCAACGCUGCGGAUGUUUGGGCAGUCCAUAUCAGGGGGCGUUGAUAUGGAUGGCAAUGGUUAUCCAGAUAUGACUGUUGGAGCCUUCUUGUCAGACCAUGUUGUACUACUAAGAUCCAGACCUGUCAUUACCAUGGAUGUGUCCAUUUUCCUGCCAGCGUCCAUCAAUAUCACAGCUCCUCAGUGCCAUGACAGCUUGCAGCCUGUUAACUGCCUCAAUGUCACAGCGUGCUUUCGUUUCAGUGGCAAGCAUGUUCCUGGAGAAAUAGGUUUGAAUUAUAACCUGACUGCAGAUGUAGCAAAGAAGGAAAAGAGCCAACAACCCAGAGUUUACUUUGUGACUUCUGGAGAGACGGUGGGACAGAUCACAGAGAAGUUAGAACUGUCAUACAUGCAGGAAAAAUGCAGGCAUUUCCUAGCAUAUGUCAAGAGGAGAGUCAAAGAUGUCAUAUCUCCAAUUGUAUUUGAAGCUUCAUACAGCCUUGGGGAACAUGUAAUAGAAAGAGGAAAAGAGGACAAGGAGCUGCCUCCUCUGAAGCCCGUUCUCCGUUGGAAGAAAGGACAGAAGAUUGCACAAAGGAAUCAGACUGUUUUUGAGAGGAAUUGUCAAUCUGAGGACUGUGCUGCUGAUCUGAAACUUCAGGGCAAAUUACUGCUAUCUAGUGUUGAUGACAGGACAGCCUACCUGGCUCUGGGAGCAGUGAGGAACAUCUCUCUUAACAUUUCCAUCUCUAACAUUGGAGAUGACGCCUACGACACCAAUGUUUUCUUCAACUUUUCUGGGGAGCUCUUCUUCAUCAAAAUGUGGCAGAAGGAGGAGCUGGGAAUUUCCUGUGAGUUGCUGGAGUCAGACUUCCUCAAGUGCAGUGUGGAAUUUCCUUUCAUGAGAUCAAAAUCUAGGUAUGAGUUCAGUGUAAUCUUUGACACAAGCCACCUGUCUGGACAAGAGGAAACACUUACCUUCCUUGUCACUGCCCAAAGUGGAAACAUAGAGCGCGUGGAGUCCUUGCAUGAUAAUACUCUGACCCUGUCAGUGCCCCUGAUGCAUGAAGUGGACUCAUCUAUCAAUGGGGAAGUCUUCCCUACUUCCUUUUUCUAUGGUGACUCUGUGGAAGCAUCCAAUUUCGUUCAGCUGGAAAGCCAUGAAUGCCGUUUCCAGUCUCUUAACUUCACACUGCAGGUUUACAAUGCUGGACCAAGCACUCUUCCUGGCGCUUUUCUUGAUAUUUCAUUUCCAAACCGCCUCUCUGCUACUGGAGCUGAAAUAUUUCACGUUCAGCAGAUGAUGGUUGGUCAGGACAAAGGCAGCUGCUCUUUUCACCGGAACCGCAACCCGUGUGUUGUUCCUCAAGAGAAGGAAAAUAUUUUCCACACUAUAUUUGCUUUUUUCACAAAGUCUGGCAGAAAAGUAUUGGACUGUGAAAGACCAGGCAGGUCCUGCUUAAUUAUACGCUGCAACUUAAGUUCACUAGCAAAAGCAGAGUCCAGUGAAAUAAGUAUUUACACACUGCUGAACACUGAAAUACUGAAGAAGGACAUUUCAUCAGUUAUCCAGUUUGUCACAAGGGCGAGGGUGCAGGUGGACCCUGACCUCCGGGUUGUAGAGGUGCCCAAUGGGAGUCCAGAAGAAAAGACAGUGGUCUUUGAAGCUUUACACAAUCUGGAGCCUCGUGGCUAUGUUGUCGGGUGGAUCAUUGCCAUCAGUUUGCUGGUGGGAAUUCUCAUCUUCCUGUUGCUGGCUGUGCUCUUAUGGAAGAUGGGUUUCUUCCGCCGGAGGUACAAAGAAAUUAUUGAGGCUGAAAAGAACAGAAAGGAGACCGAAGAUAGUUGGGACUGGGUCCAGAAAAAUCAGUGAACUGCCCUUGAGAAGGGAAAGCCCAGUCAUAUGACACGUGCUUGCUUGCCCAUAGGUCCUGCUCUCGUAUCUUCCAUAUGUGGAAGAAGGAAUCUUCUCCAGAUUUUUCGGAGGCCCUGUUGAUGCUGUGUCUUUAUCACUCUAACAAGCUAGGGAACAUAUCCUGAGGCAACCACUGUGGCCAUGUCAGGUGACUGGAGCUAUUUACACUUCAUUUUAGAGCUGAACUUUGAACUUUGGUAACCAAGCUGCAGUGCAGAGCAAUAUUUAUGAAUCCAACUAUGUGGUAUACCCUCAGGGGAAGACUGUUACCUAAAAAUAUUUUUUAUAAAUACAAGCUUUUUAUAUUGAUCAUGUCUUUAUAUUUGUAUCGAUGUUUUAUAGUUUCUAUUGAAUAGCUAUAUAGUUCACUCAAGCACUGAUAUCUGGCUAAAUCAUUGGGAAUGCGUACAUGUAUAUAUAAAUCCUAUUGUACUUUUAAACUUCAAUGGAAGAGAGAAGAUUUGCAGAUCAAAGUAGCUGAAAACCUCAUAUGCUUAAUUCACAAUGCUUGGUAAUAUUGUAUAUAGACCAUUUAAUGGCAGUAAGCCAAAAUCUUUUAAUUGUCUCUUUUUUUGAGUUGAAUUUGGUGUCUGAUUUAUAAACUGAAGAACCUAAAGUGUUAUACAUAUGUGAUGUUUUGUAUAUGAGUCUAUCCUUCACUGACCUGAAUGGGAAAGAAUGAAAAUGCUUCCUCAGUGACAUGUAGCAAGACUUGUAGCUCACCUUCUAUUGCUGAAGAAAGCAUGACAUGUUUCUAUUGGGGAAUUUUUCUCUUGCAGUCUCUAGUAUUUUAAGAGUGGUCCAGGAUUUGACAGUUGAGAUACCAAAAGGGUAAAAUUUGGCCAACUACCAUGGCAUUGACAAAUUCCUUGGAAUUUAAAUUAUUUUUUUUUAAAUGGAGCCAUAUUAAUAUUUAAUGUUAAGAAGAAUGGCUUUUAAGCUACUGGUAAGAGUUGUGAGCUGUUGCUGUAAAAGCAAGUGAUCAGUUGAUGUAUGCUGUAUCUAUUAUACCUGCCUUGUGAGUUUUCUACUUGAGUCACAAUGUUUAUAGCAUAGCUUUAGGAGAGAUAAGUAGAUGCACGCAUUAAAAUGUUCUUUGGAUCCUGAGAUUGCCUUUCUGCGUGUUCCUAGAAUAGAAUGUGCAAGGGGAAAUGGCUUUAAACUGGAAGAUGGAAAAAUGAGGUUAAAUGUUAGGAAAAAAUUCUUUACUCAGUGUGUGGUGAAUUGAUGAAACAAGCUGCCCAUUGAAGUUGUAGAUGCCCCAUCCCUGGAGGCAUUCAAAACCACAUUGAAUGAGGCCCUGGGCAGCCUGACCUAGUAGUUGGCAACCCUGCACGUUGAAGGGCAGUAGAGCUCAUUGAUCUUUAAGGCCCCUUCCAACCUAAGCCAUUUUGUGAUUCUGUGAGUGCCAUUCUUCAUCAGGCGUUUUAAGGAAGUUUAGUCAAGAUGCAGAUGUUACUGAAUCUCAGGUUGCCACUUUAUUCAUUAGCAGUUCCUUAUAAAAUCAGUUGUUGAAUUGGAAAACACGGAAUUGUAAUUAAUUCAGCCAUGUAUCUUCAAAAAAAAAAACAAAAACUCUUGGGUUUCUGAGUAGAAACAGUGAGUCUCUAUGGGGCUUGGUUUUAGAUUCUACUUGUGCUUUGCACCUUGUGUAAAUAAAAAUUAUAGUGUUGGUAUAAAAUUAAUAUAAGGGAAAGAAUGAUGAAGCUGUAUAGUAGUAGAUGAGAGAAUAAAAGGAAUGAAUGGUAGCAGGAUCUGUCUCCUUGCAUUAGGGUAAUGUAAGAGAACUGCUGGAAGUUUGGAAACCUGAAUGCAGAAGACACGCAAGAAGUCUGUUUGAGAACAUGCCUUAUCCUUGCUCUUCCUUGUAAAUUCAUUAUAGUUUCAUAUUUAAAAAAAUUAACCUGUUUCCUGUUUGUUCCUCCCACUCUCCUAGUGGCAUUAAGUGCCUGCUAUUACUGCAGUAUUGAUCAGUGUUUGUUAAUUUAACUAUCUGCACCAAUUAGGCAGGAAAUGGUUUUUGAGUGAAUGAAGAGUAUUGAUUCAGUGUUUGGGAAAAAAAACCAACAACUGUUAGUCUAUUUGAUUAUCUUCCCUAAAAAAUCAUUGUUGAUUUGAAAGAUUGGGUCUUGCAAGUUAUCACUUAAGAUAGCAUCUGAAAACAAUCCAGCCAUGACCACAUGUAGUAGAUUGCAUCAGAGUGCAGAAACAGAAGGCUGAAGUCCUUUGACAGCCCUAUUACAUUAGUGACUGUUGAAUUCCUUCCAGUACGACUCUUCUGACAUCAUUUAGAUUUACUGGGUGUAUUUAAGCCUAAUACAUCUAUUUUUCUGCUGUUAAAAUACCUAGCAAUGCCAGAUAAAAGUUAGACAUGAAAUUCAUUAAUUAGUAUGAAUUAAGUAAGCAGUUGCUUAAAUAUAUACAGAAGAGCAAAUAAUGAGUCCAUUUAUUUAGCUGUAAGAAUUUUUUCUAUCUGUCCUCUCUAAAACUGAGUUUAAAAAAAAAAAAACACGGCAGAUGUAAAAGUAGAUUUGUUGAGAACAGAGUGAAAGGGACAAGAAAAACAAAUAAUGAAUUUAAACUGAUUUUGAAGAGGUUUUACCCAAAGAAUGAGGAAAUUGCCUUGGAAAAGUUGAAAAUCCUCCAUUGCAUUUUCACUUUUUAAACAACAACUGAACAAUAGAAAUGCCAAACAACAGACAUGCCGAAAAUAUUUCAUUUUUAUAUUUUAAGAGUCAAGAGUAGCUUUUUCUUUGAAAGAUCUUUUGACCAUAUAUGAAGUAUAUGAAGAAGACAGUUAAAAACGGUGCAGUAUCUGUUAUUGAUCCAACACAAGUCCCCACUAGAUGAAAAUCAAGACACUGGCCUAAUUAGUGAAAUAAUCCACAAAUUCUUAUUAUCAUCGCUGUUAGCUUCCCAGUAGUUUUGUUGACACAGUUGCUUUUGGUUUUGUAUGUAUAAUCUUUAUGAUAAUUCUUUCAUUUUUCAAAUUCCAGCGUAGCUCUUUGCUUUGUUCCAGUUAAGAUAGAUUUGACAAUGAAACAUAUCAAUACUGAUAUUAAAAUCCCGUAGAUAGACCUUUCCACUCCUAAAAGAAACAGAGAAAAACACAAACAAACCAAAGAACCCACUAAUAGUUGGUUGCAAUUCCAGAAAUCUUACAAAAAUGGAGUGUAAUUCAAGAAUGUAUAGAAAAUUGUUGUGCUAUGGUUCAGCUGGUUUUGUUUUGUUUUUUUUUUUAAUCUUUGGAAAUAGCUUGUAGGGCUCUGGAAGUUGCCAUGUGUCAGCCACUGGUUGAGUCCCUUUGUGCUGUGAUGCUCGCCUGGCAGAGCUGGUGGAAGUCAUUGUUGAGGUUCUCUCCAGUUAAUUCAGUUAGGGACUGAGUCAUCAGUUGUCUUGGACAACUUCAUUUGAAGGUUUGCUGAGUAGUCAUUAGUUUUGGUUUUGUUCUUGUCCUACUAAGAGUUCACUUUGUGCUGGCUCUAAGCUGCACAGGUGGAAGCUCAUUUCAAACAUGUAAGCUAGCACCUGAGAGAUCUUUAGUUUAAGCUCUAAAGCCAUGGGUAGAAUGUUUUCUUACCAACAGUAAUCUUGAUGUUCUCCUAGGGCAGGAAGAAAGUAAUGUCAGAAAAAUACGAUUAGGAAGAACAAAAAAAAAAAUGUUAAGGAAGAAUUCACUUAACGCAAAGCUGUUGCAAGUCCAUUCACUUUCCAUCUUGCAAGAUGGAAUUCAAAAAGGAAGUUACAAUUCUUGCAGAGUCUUGGUCAUCCACAGCACCAGGAUGAAUUUUAUUUCCCAAGAGCUGAGAUUUUACACAGCAUGCUUUGUGAGCAUUUCAUUUGGAAACCGAGGGUCUUCUCUUGGAGGUUUUUACUCCUGGAGGUGAAUUCCCAUCAGUUCCUCCCAAGCAACAAAAGGGCUCAUGUGUUCUGAGGCAGCCGUUGAUAUGCCAUGGUACCUGGCCAUUAUUGCUAAUACAAGUAGUAGGUAUGGUUUUCUGAAUAAACCUUGGUUUUAAUUUACUCAAAUGCAAUUAGGAAAUCACUUGUGUUAUCUGAGAGAGAAAUUGGGACUGUUGUGAACUCAAUGCCCGUUACCCGGUCCUUUCAGAGUGAAAAACUCUUUUUUGCAAAGCCUAAAAUACCAGAUAAGAACAACCCUUUCUAACGUGUUGCAUGAAUAGGAUGGAAGCUCCCUUCAUGUCAGUGAAGUGCAAGUAAUUUAGCUUGCUGAAAGCAACAGUUGCACGAAGAUUGUGUUUGGCAAUAUUUAGUACUGACUUUCUUGAAUGUCUUCUCUUUAUAGGCACAUUUUGGAGUCUUGCACAAGUUUCAAGCCUAAUAUCCAUGUGAUGUGGGAAUGUGUAACAUUGCUUUCUCUAAAGGAUUAACAGAGUCAUAGAACUAAUUUCUAUGUUUGUCCAAAUCCAUGCAGAUGCUACAGUGUCUUGAAUAUAAGUAAAAGCAGGAUUUGGUUCACAUGCUGUACAUUGAUUAAACUGGGGUGAAGACUGUAACGACUUCUGGAGUGUGGUCUGCAUAUGCAGUAGGGUACCCACAUCAUCGUCACUCCUUUUUCUUAGAAUGUCACUCCUUAUAUAUUGUAAAAUUCUGUAUUUCUUUUUUUGUGAGCUUGUGGUUGGAAGAAUGUGUUCACUCUUAUUGAUGUCACCUGUAUUUAGAAGCUCGGGAUCACCUGUAUUCGAAUUCACUUGCACUGUUUUGGAAAUGUCAGGUUUACGGAAAUACAACUUUUUGGAAUAAAAAGUGGCUGCAAAAUUA